UGUGGCGUAACUCCGCGUACGAUUGAAAUACUAACGAAGACUGAAAAGUUUCAACAAUAUCUGUGGGAGAUUCGAAAGGAUAAACAGACUUAAGCGAUAUCAUUAAGCAACACGAAGGUUUAAUAUUUCUAUUAUUAAAUGAAAAUCGAUCACGCAUCAUCCCUAGGUUUCUGAAGGAACUGAUCUUCAUUAGGUUCUUGCAUGAAAACGUGGCAUCAUGGCAAAUGCACCACCCGUCCUAUAUAUGCAGCCCCUGAACCGCAGCAGCAGCUAUGAUCUUCUGCCACCUGACAUGUCUGAGCUGAGGGUUGUUCUGCUGGGGGGCAGCUGGAGUGAGAGGAAUUCAGUGGGAGAUUUCAUAGUUGGACGGAUGGCUUUCAACAAGGCACCUAACUCCUUUGUGAAAAUCAGUGGACCUUUGGAAGAACAACAAAUAGUUGUUAUCAAUACUCCGGAUUUUCUCUUUGACAAGAUGAACGAAAUUGCAGAGUUUUUAAAUAACUGUGUGGAAUAUUUUGCUCCUGGACCUCAUGUGUUCCUGCUGGUUCUACAGCCAGAAGAGUUCAGCGAGGAACACAAACUAAGGCUCUGCAGGAUCCUUAAACUCUACAAUUAUCGAUCAUUUGAUCACUCGAUGAUAUUGAUUUCAACACCUAGAAAGAGGAACUCAGGCUGCACAGAGCAAUAUAUGCAACACCCACAAUUAAAAGAUAUGAUUAAAAAAUGUAGAUACAGAUACCUGAGGAGGAGUGACAUUGAACUUCCAGAGCUGUUAUAUCGCUUGGGUCAAAUUGUGAAGGAGAACAAUGGAGAACAUGUUAGCUAUGAACCAUUUGAGGAUACCUCACAGACUUUACCAGCAGAUGUUCAAAGCCCCAAACAAAAGAGUACACUGACUUCUAUUACAGAUCGUGUUACAGCCAUGGGACUACACAAACACGUGUCACUUGAAUGCUCAUCUUCUGAGAAAAGUACUCUGUCUCGAAUGUCUGACAUUAGGAUUUUGUUGCUGGGGAAAAGUGAGGACAAGAAGACAAAACUUUGUAACUUAAUCACCGGGCACAAAGAUUUUACAUGGCACAAAGAUUUUUUAUCAAAAUAUAUACCCUUUUGUGGAGAGUGGAGAGAAAAAAAAUUGACUGUUGUGCAAACUCCAGACUUGUUCAGUCUCUCUGUAGAGCACAUACAAAGAGAGAUGAAGGUCUGCGUGAGUCUUUGUCCUCCUGGACCAAAUGUUCUGCUGCUGUUAGUGAAGUCUUCUGAAUUCACUGAGGAGAACAGAAAAACUCUGAAGUUCAUCCUGAGUUUGUUAGGUGAAAAUGCCUUUAAACACUCCAUGGUCAUCAUCACACACAAAGAGGAGAGAAAGAACAACUCUGUGCAAAAACUUAUCAGAGAUUGCAAACAAAAUCAGCACACAGUCAGUCAUGAUAGAAAAGAUUCUUCAAAACAUGAUCGAGAAGAGUUGAUAAAAAAAAUGGAAAAGAUAGUGAAUGACAACAGGCGAGGAUUUCUCACAUUAAACGAAGAGGAUGAUGUUGUGACAGUACUUGACAAACCUCUCCUGAACUUAGUGCUGUGCAGUAGAAAAGGAGCUGGAAAGACAUCAGCAGUUAAUGCUAUUCUUGGACAAAGAAAGUUUGAUCCACCUGCCAACACAUCAGAAUGUGUUAAACAUCAGGGAGAGGUGUGUGGACGUUUGGUUUCCCUUGUAGAUCUGCCUGCCUUGUAUGGAAAACCUCUGGACACAGUGAUGGAGGAAUCACUCAAGUGUAUCUCCCUCUGUGAUCCUGAGGGUGUCCAUGCCUUUAUCCUGGUCCUACCUGUGGCUCCCCUCACUGAUGAAGACAAACAAGAGUUAGAGACCAUAGAGAACACAUUGAGCUCUCAAGUCAAUGAUUUCACCAUGAUUCUGUUCACUGUGGACUCUGAUCCUACAGAUUCAGCUGUUGUUGAUUUUCUAAAUGAAAACAAGAAUAUCAAGGAGCUCUGUAAGAGAUUUGGAGGGAGAUCUGUCGUUCUCAACAUUAAAGACAAAGAACAAAUCCCAGAACUGCUGAAGAAUGUAGAAAUAAUUAAAGGCAAAAAACCAAGAUGCUUCACAAAAGACAUGUUCACCAAAGCUCAGAUAAAGAAGGUUAUUAAGCUUACAGAUGAACUGCAGCAAUUGAAGCAAGGUACUAAGAUGGUACAUGAAGAUGAAAAUGAGAGCAGAGAGCCUCUCAGGAUGGUGCUGAUUGGGAAAACUGGCAGUGGAAAAAGUGCUACUGGAAACACCAUUCUGGGUAACGAAGACUUUGAGUCGACUACGAGUUCAAGGUCAGUAACAAAGUUCUGUCAGAAAGCAAAAGGAGUGGUUGAUGGACGUCCUGUUGUUGUUGUCGACACCCCUGGUCUGUUUGACACAAGUCUGACCAAUGAUUAUGUUCAACAAGAACUCAUUAGAUGCAUCAGCUUGUUGGCUCCUGGACCUCAUGUGAUUUUACUGGUGCUGCAAAUCGGUCGGUUUACACAAGAGGAAAAAAAGGCUGUGGAUAUGAUCAAGACGUGUUUUGGAAAAAAAUCAGGAGAUUUCAUCAUCAUUUUAUUCACCAGAGGAGAUGAUCUUAAAAAAAGAACAAUUGAAACUUACAUAGAAAAAAGUGAUGAUGUUUUACAUAAACUGAUAUGUGAUUGUGGAAGGCGGUAUCAUGUCUUUAAUAACAACAAUCAGACAGAUCGCACACAAGUCAGAGAGCUGCUGACAAAGGCUGAUAACAUGGUUAAGGAGAAUGGAGGCAGCUGCUACACCAGCCAGAUGUUCCAAGAGGCAGAGGCAGCAAUACAGAAGGAAGUGGAGAAGAUCCUGAAGGAGAAGGAAGAAGAGAUGAAGAGGAAGGAGCACGAACUUCAGAGAAAGCAUAAGGAAGAAAUGGAAAACAUUAGAAUACGAAUAGAAAGGGAGAGAGAGAAAGUUGAACAGGAGAGAAAGAAACAACUUGAAGAAAUGGAGGAAAAAAUUGAAAAGGAACGUAAGCAGAGAAGGAAAGAAGAAGAAAUGAGAGAAGAAGAAGAUAGGAAAAGAAGAAAAGAAGAAGAAUGCAAACAGCAAGAGUGGGAACAAAAACUUAAAGGAGAGCUGGAGCAGAACAGAGAAGACAUGAGAAAGCGACAAGAGGCCUGGGACAAGGAAAGAAAGGAAGGGUGGGAGAAACGACAUCGACAAGAUGAAGAGAGACGUAUAGAGGAGCAAGAAAGGUUUAAAAAACUCCAAGAAAACUACCAACGGGAAAGAGAAAUGUAUGAAACCAGAAGAAAAGAAGAAGAUCGAAAUAGAAGAGAACAGGAGGAAAAUGAGAGAGAAAAAUUAGAAGCAGAUUAUAAGAAAAAAAUUGAAGAAAUGAAGAAGAAAUAUGAAGAGGAGGCGAGAAAACAAGCUGAAGAAUUCAAUGAGUUCAGACAGAAAUACAUCAAAGACUUUACAGCUUUAGUAGAAAAACACAUGGAGGAAAUACAAGAACUAAAGUUAAAACAUGAGAGAAAAAUGCAACAGAGUGAAGGAAGCUACAACAAAGAGUUUGAACUGUUACAAAAUCUCUCAAGCCACAAAGAAAAACAUCUGAAAGGUGAGAUAGAUGAGCUGAAGAAGAAGCAUGAACAAGAGAUAUAUGAACUGAAACAGAAGUACAGCAACAAAUGUUUGAUCCUCUAAGUCAGCUCCUGUUCAAAAUGAUGUGACCUUAACAGCUAUUCAAAUCAAUGCUGUCUGCAGCUUGUUUCUGCAGUCAGUUCAGCAGCUGAGUGAGCAGCAGUAUUUAGCUGCUGUAAUAUUUUAGUCUGGUGCUACAGUCUUAUAAUGUUUGAAACUAUAAUUUUUUAUUGGUUGUAUCAAUGCUUCUUGGCACUAAACCUUAUACUGGUGAAAACCCUGUUCACUUCCCCUUAAAUCUUGUCAUCUUGGAAGAUCAAAUUUGGUCCCAGACUGUGGGGGCGAUGGAUUCCCACUGGUUGCAGAAUCUCACCUUGAUCCAUCUCAGCAUUGAGAUUGCUUCCAAUGAUAGCAAGCCUUAUUUUUCCACUGAGGUAGGUGCUACCCUAAUCCAUCACAUUCCCUGCACUGAAAGCUGCUGAAAUGUAGCCCCAUUUUAAAGUAAAUGAACAGGUUAUCCAACCUUAGAUUUAUUGCCAUAGCAUUGUUAUAACAAAGAUAUAAUUGACAGAAUAUAAAUUUCCCUACUUUUAAUAUUAAAUUUAGUUAUCUUGGAAUUGUAAAUAUGUGUUAGUAAAUAAAGCAGGAUUACUACAAAUUAAUUACUUUCAUCCAUCCAAUCCAGCUUCUCAGCAAUUAAUGCUGUUCCAUUUAUUUGCAGUGACAAGCUAACAGUGCUAUAAAGUUCCUAUUAGUGUGCCUUUAACCUAAAUACUUUUAUUACACGGGAGAUAGUUUUAUGAUAUUUUCUGUUCAGCAAAAUAGCUCCUUUUCAUAUUGUUUUAGGAAAUUACUUUUUUAACAAAGUAGUCUAUAAUUGAUGAUAAGCUUAGUUGGAAGCCUCAUAUAAACCAUGUGAAAACAAUUUUUUCAAAAAAUGUUGCUAUUCUUUACAAAACAAAGGAUGUCCUGAACAAAAAUAAUAAGCAUGUGCUUCAGCCAAUACUUGUUUGAUUAGCCUUAUCUCGUUCUUUCUUGCUUUGUGGUAGACCUUUAUUCUGUAUUCAUUGAGAGAUUUGACUGCUAAUCAAAUAAAUAAAUGAAAAUGUUUACUAAAAGGACACCAGUGAAUGAAAAAGAUCUGUUUCUAAAAAUUCCUACAAUAGAGCAUUUGAACAAUUCACAGACUUCAACAUUAAACAAAGUUUCAAUAUGUUUAUACAGAUACUGUCAUUAUACCCUCUCUAAAAUGUCAAAAAUAUGUAUUUCCUUUUUUGUUAAUAUUAUUAAAGCUAGCUGUUUAGGAACAUUUCUUUUUUUAAGUUUUUUAAAAAUCUAAAUAUCUCAAAUGUAGACAUAUUUUCACUGUGGACUGUAAGUAAAAUAAAAACCAAAACAAUUGUAUUACAACAGAUUGAUUUUCUGCUGCUCUCUACAACGAGUUGUAAUGGUGCUGGCUAUUUCAUUAGGUACACUUUGCUAGUACCUUUUUGGACCUCCUUUUGUCUUCAGAACUACCUUAAGUCUUUCUGGCACAGAUUCAACAAGGUUCUGGAAACAUUGGAGAGAAGUUUCCAUCUACACUGACAUGAUUGCAUCUCACAGUUGCUACAGAUUUGUUGGUCGCACGUCAUCAACGAGCGAAAAUACAGCUUUUUGUCCAUGUUAAUUCAGACUCUUGCAUUUAUAGACUAUACAAAUUAUGACGUUACCUUUUAAAACUGUUACAUUUUUUUCUGUAUUUGUUUUUAUUUUUGUUUUCCAUUUCAUGUCACUUUGAAGGUGAACGAUGUUAUGGUAUAAGCCCUUUGUUUUCAUCUGUAUUUUACUAUAACUGUAGAAACAGAAUGCAUUUCCAUUAACAGUCACAAUAGCAUGCAAAAUUUAAAAUUUCUCUUUGAUGAUGGAAAUUUUAAACACAGUUUGUGUUUGUGAUAUUUUUAUAUGUACUUGCAGUGAAUGUAUUUGUUGCACACAACAUUUCUAUUUUUUGAGUAUGCAGAAGUUACAGAAGUUCAUUAUAAAUUCCGUUAAUGACUCAAUUCUAAA